UUCCUCCGGAGCACGACGAGUGGAUGACAACCCCCCUCUAAGCGAUCGAGAGGAAGAACCUGAAUUCUCUGGAGAGAAAUGGCCGACCGCCUGACACAGCUCCAAGAUUUGGUCAAUUUGCAAGCUGAGAAUUUCUGCAACAGCAUCGGGAUCCUUCAACAGUUCGCUCAGCCUUCUACAUUUCCGGAGUUCGAGAAAACAUGCAAGUCGACGGCCACAUCGCAAGAGGAUUACGCACAGCUCUUCGCCACGAUGAUUGCGCGAACGGCUAAGGAUAUAGACGUUCUAAUCGACUCUCUUCCCGGGGAAGAAGCAGCACCAGAACUGCAGGCAAAUAACCUCCAGAGGCUAGAGAUCGAGAAUAAUGAGGCCGCUCUCCGCUUGCGAGAAGUCGUCAUGCGCGGGGAAUCCUUGCUGGCGGAAGUGCAGAAAGCCCUUUCAGAAAUCGCGAGUCAGCAGCUCUCCUCCAAACAGCAAUCAUCCGAAGACUCGAAGAGCAGCUGAUAGCAGAUGGGCUUCCAGAAUGCGAGAAUUGACGAGGAGCUUCAUGUUUCCCUACAGAUAUGAAUUCUCCAUAGAAAUAGCGCUUUGGUCCGGACCAUAUCGUGGGUCCCUUGUAGACUCC